CGGCGUUGGUCCUUCCGCCUCUUAUCGCUAUAGAUAGUGAAGUGUGACUCAUCAACUGGGCCUAGGCCUAAUGAAUGAAUAAGGUUUGUUUUGGUAUCUGAUUAACCAACGGAUUUGAAUUUUCUCUGGCAUUAGCCGGUUCUCAGUCAGUGCCAAAGCAAUGUCUGAAGCAAACCUUGCUCUGCAAACCUGUAAAAUUAUUGUUCAUAGAGCAAGAAAUUUAAUUGUGAAAGGAAGGGACAAUACCAAUAGUUCAUAUGCUGUCAUUAGCUCAGGGAAGGAGAAAUUCCAGACGGCAGUUGUUGACAAAACACUUUUUCCACAAUGGAACGAGGAAUGCUUGUUGCAUGUUUACAAAGUAGGCUGCUCCGUAGAAGUUAUAAUCUACAACCGAGGACUCGUGCUUGAUGACCUUAUAGGUCAGGUCAGCAUUCCAUUGUCUUCCAUCAAAGGAGAUGGCAAAGCAGUACGCAGUUGGUACAAACUAGAAGGCAAGUCAUCCAAGAGCAAAAAGGAAAGGGGAGAUGUAGAGAUAAGUAUACAGGUAAAGGCGGGUCUGAAUCCUUACACACCGGUACAUAGCUGGAAUAUGGCCAAGAUGAAAAAGUCAGGUGAUGGCAAGGACGAGAAGACCUCAGUACAAAAGGAUGACAAGGCCUCUGUCCAUGAUUCCAGGAAGGAGAAGCGAUCAUCCACUAAUGUUGUAAAACCGCAGGAGAUGAAGCAGAGCCCAUCAUCACCAGAGUCCAUUCCAACAUCUGAUCCGAGUUUUGUGAGAAAAGCACCAUUAUAUGGAUCCACAAAUGACCUGAAUAAGAUGCCAACAAAGACUCCUCCAACUCAACGACGACGGCUUGCAAAGUAUGCUCCCGCUCACCGCAGACUCAACGUGCCAUAUGCUAAUAUAGAUCCCAACACAAGUAGUCCAGGCAAAUCAAGAUCAAGAAACCCCUUCAAUUUAGAUGCUAACAACUCAUCGCAGACAGAAUCAAGCAAGACGGAAGAGGAUUCUGGUGGUAUGGAUAGACGAAGGCCAUCUUUAGAUGUUAAUAUUUUUAGAAGUUACCAGACUUUACCUCACCAUAAAUUAAGAAGUGUCAAUGAAGGCUCUGAGAAAAAGCCUGUGCAGAGAGAUGUUAAGUUCCGGCACUCCUUCCAUAGCUCAGCUCAAAUGCCAUCAGGUGCAGUCCUAUCCAUUCCUGCCAAAAGCCAUCAAGAACCUCCUCAAGAACCUCCACAAGACCCUCAACCAGAACCAGAGAAAACAUCAACUGUACCUUCAGAUAAGCCCCAUAUACCAGAUUCUCCAAGCAAAAUACCACCUGUGAAACCUCCCAGGCACUCACCCUCAAAGGCACCUCCAGCUGAAACAAAGACAUCCAUCCAAUCAAAGCCAGGUGCUCAGUCACAGAUAAAGUCAGCCAGACUUACAGCAGAUUCUACAGAUUCUGGUGUUAUACCAUCGAAAGUGGGAACUAAGAAAGCUGCAGUUGAUCCACCAUCACCAAAAGACACAACUGCUGUAGAGUCAUCCAGAACACCAUCACCAAUUGAACCUAAGCCGGUGAUUAUAAACAUUGAUGAUAGCGUUGGUUCUGGAUAUGUUGCGCCAACACGACCGAACCGCAAGCCUAAAGCAAUGUCAACGCCUAUGGCAAGGUUUGCUAAUAUGUCAAAAGAGGAUCUUGCUGGCAAAAUCUUGGAUCUUGAAGAGCAGUUGCACCAACAGUCAACAGUAAUGCGUGAAACACAAGAAUACCUCAACACUCUGUUACUUCGCGUGAUUGUGCAGAAUCCAGGACUUUUAAACAGGGACCUGGAUAUAGAUUAUUAGACCUCAUGAAAGAACAUAUAUCAAAUAGCUAUUUUUAAAGCAAGGAAUUAAUAUUAUAAUGAUAACAAAAUAUUUAAAAGUUCGAAAGGUUUUUUAUGGUGAACGAAUGACUUGGAAUUUGUUGUAGUCCACAAAAGCCAUCUGUAAGGCUAAAUAUAAGGAAUGGAACAAUUUGAAACAGUAAGCUAUUGUUACACCAUCAAGAGGUAAUUUUGAAGAUAUCCUUUAAUAUGGAUAUGCUGCAUUGCACACAUUAAAAUAGAAGCAAUAAUAAUUAACAACCAAAUGACAAAACUUUACAUAUUUUAAUAACAUGAAUUGUAUAAAUGCUAAAAAAUCAACAACUAUAGAAUGUGUAUUGUAUUUUAAAUGGUUUUUUUUUAUAGUUGCAUGUAUGUUUAUUAUAUUUUUGUUAUAAACGACAUUACUGAUACUAGAUAGAGAUAGACCAAAAUAUUAAUUUUCUUUUUCUUUUUUCCCCUUGCUUUUGUAUUCAUAUAUUCAUCUAUUUUACAAUUAUUUAUGUUCAGUCACAGAAGUCCAGAUAUAAUAUUCAAAGGAAAGGUGUGUUUUGUGAAUUUGUCCUUUUUUAUCAUUCUGUGUAACCCACUAUAUGAUAUUCUUGCCAGUUUUGUCAUUUUAUCCCUUAGGGUAUGUGUUUUAUCUGAAUCCUUGACUUCUGUUUCAAUUAGGUGAGACAUGUAUUGAUUUGUAAAAAACAUUUUUGAAAGAGAAAGUUAAAAAAAUAAACAUUAACCAUGGUUAUACCAACAUGAAGGGGUGUGUUUCAAGGCUCUUGUUGACAGGCAGCCUCCACAGCCUAUUGUCACUCAUUCAUGCCUGUGAUUAUGAAUAUUCUAAUUUGAAAUUAACUAAUUCAAAUGAGCCAAUGUGGAAAAUCUCUGUUAUUUGAUUGGUUAAUUGAUAGCCUGUACAACUUCAUACGUUCUGUGACGUGAGCACUAGCCAAUUAUCCUAAUGUUUCCAUGUCAAUUAUGAAUUUUUAUAUGAAAUUGUUAUGUUAGUAUGUUUCUCAAAUUUACUCUGUUUUUUAGUAACCAAAAUAAUCAAGAGGUGAAAACAUUAAAAGAAAAUUUAAUUUAGUAUUUUUCUCUCAAGAAACUGGGUCUGUGAAAUACCUUUAUAGGAUAACAGAGUGUUACAAGUGAUGUAUAAUAUAUGUAACAUUUUUUUAUUGUUAUACUUAUUUUAUGAGGCUUAAUCCCUGUUGUUCACUUACUACAAGCUUUCUGUUAUUGUUUCACAAUUAAGUAUGCUUGUAAUUAUUAAGGAAAUAUACUUUUAUUUUUUGCACAUAUAUGUUAGUAUACAUAUAUUAUAAUAUGAUGUCAAUUAUAUAGCUUUUCUGAUAUGUAAUAUAUUAUUUUAAUGCUAUUUUCACUGCGUCCCAAUGCCCUUCACAUUAAUAAGUAUUUUCAGUGGUGCAGGAAGAUUGUGGUACUGUUUCUAUGCCUCAAGCCCUGUCUCGACUAUCAGGUUUAUUUGACAAAAACAUGUGACAUGUCUGAUGGUCAUGCAACAUGUCUGAUGGUCAUACAACAUGUGACAUGUCUGAUGGUCAUACAACAUGUGACAUGUCUGAUGGUCAUACAACAUGUGACAUGUCUGAUGGUCAUACAACAUGUAACAUGUCUGAUGGUCAUACAACAUGUGACAUGUCUGAUGGUCAUACAACAUGUGACAUGUCAGAUGGUCAUACAACAUGUGACAUGUCUGAUGGUCAUACAACAUGUGACAUGUCUGAUGGUCAUACAACAUGCGACAUGUCUGAUGGUCAUACAACAUGCGACAUGUCUGAUGGUCAUACAACAUGCGACAUGUCUGAUGGUCAUACAACAUGCGACAUGUCUGAUGGUCAUACAACAUGUGACAUGUCUGAUGGUCAUACAACAUGUGACAUGUCUGAUGGUCAUACAACAGAUUUUUGUCAAAUAAGGUUUGGUAGUCAGGACAGGGCUUUAAAAUAUACAUACUAAAAAAUGUUGAUUGUAUAAACAGGUCUUUAAAAUUGGUAGGUGAAGUUAUGUCAACAUUGUAUAUAAUAGCCUAUUCUGUUGACCCUCUAUCCCCCCCCCCACCCCUGCACAAUCUUACUGUUGUAUUUGUGAAUGUGGAUGCCACCUAAUUCCUAAAUAUUUUUAUAUGCAUUCAUUGAUAUGCAGUGUCUAAUUAACAUCGGGUGCUUCUAUAUAGAUCCAUUCUAUUUCAUUAUUUAGUGUUGUAUUGUAUAUAUUUAUUAAUGUUAUAUUUUUGUACCAAACAUCCAUAAAAUAUUAUAUAAAGACUCAUAUUUAAUGUAGUGGCCUGGUAGCUGAGGUCGUUACCUUGACAACCCAGGAUCCUGGUGUUCAGUUGCUGCGCAUACCAGGUUCUAACUCAAUUAUAUAUUUUCUCUUUUCAAAGCUUUGUAAAAUCAAGACAUAUGACUGUGUUGAUUGUUGUCAGACUUGGAUUAAUGCACAUUAUCAGAUAUGCAACACUGUAUAUAACAGUCUAAUGAAACUUUAUCAGUGGAAUCCGUAGACCAUAAAUCUGAUAUACAGUAAUACACAGUCUGAUGAUGUGUGUUUGGCUUUACAAAUACUGUAGCUGUUCUGAAAUAGAUGCAAGAUCAUUAUUACACUGUCUUAUAGUUUCUUGCUUAUACUGCUAUAAUACUGUAUAAAGUAAAUAACAGCAGCACUUUUGAGACUAACAAUAUAUUAUUUAUUCUCUAGCUUUCGUCCACACAGUGGACUUCAUCAGUCUCCUGAUGAAGUCCACAGUUAAAUUAUAUAUUGUUAGUCUCAAAAGUGCUGCUGUUAUUCACUUUAUUCUGUUUUAUACUGUACAGACUAAUGAGGCUAUACUUUUUAUUCAUCAUGCUAUAAUACUGUAUGUGCUUUUUACAAAACUGUGGCCUUUAAUUCAAUAAUGUAUUAUGAUGUACCUGUUAUACCAAGGUUGAUUUGAUAAUUUAGUGAUAUAAUGCUAUAAAAGAUACCUUUGAAAACAACCCUACUGUGCCUUGAUAUUGAACUUAAGGGGUGCAAUUAUAAUAACCGUAUGUUACUUUGUAUAUCAUAUGUAGACGUAAUUUUAAUAGACAAUUAUUAUACCCUCAAUUGCUUAUUUUAAUCAGUUUUAAGCUACUUACACCACACGUAAUUGUGUAAGUGGUUUGAAAACGGUUUUUAAAACGUAAUCUUAUUUAUUAUGAGUAGAAGCUGUAUUCACAUCUGCGCACAACAAACCUAAACUUGCCGAAGAUAGUUACAAGUGGAAACUGUAACACUAAUGUUUUAUGAUGAGAAGGGGUGAACUUUUUUUUACAAAUUUAAGAUAUUGCUUAAAAUUGGUCUGAGCAAUGGCUCUUGUACUACUUUAGAUGUUAAUUUUAAAUAUUGCUCCACCCCCACCCUACUUUUUUUCUCAAGUUUUGUUUAUCCAUUAUUUGUCUUUCACAUAAUUAUAAUAAGAAAUUAAUCAACUUUGUAAUGUAAAAUGUAACACGGAAUAUAAAUUUGCAUCUGGAUCAAUUUUAACCAAAAUAAUUAUCUGAAUGUUUUUAUAUUAUUUAAAUUUUAAUAAGUGGGAUUAUUGUGUUUUGAAUCAAACUCUAAGCCUUCUUGUGGAAAUGUCUUAUCCUGAGCAAAUGCCACUUUAUAUUCAUAGGUCAUAUAAUUCACAAACUGAUAAUUAGGCCUAUAUAAAGUAUAUUCAUAUAUUACAGAUAAGAUUGGUAAACAUUAGUGCUUAAAUACAUCAUGAAUUAUACGGAAUAUGUUUCAUGUGUAUCUAUACAGUAUUUAUUUGUAAUGGUAUUCAUCGUAUUCCCUGUAUUAAGUGGAAAAGAGUUAUAAUUUUGUAGUACACAAAUUGAGAGGAUAUGAAUAUUUUUUACUUGCAUCAGAAUAUUUUUAAGCGACUCAUUAAAAUGAAAGGCAUAGAGUGAAGUAAA